AUGGUUUCCUUGAAGAAGAGGUAUAUGUUGAGCAACCUGCAGCAUGGUUUUCUGAGAUAUCCGUAUGAGCAUACUUUGUACAUCAAAUUCAACCCUAAAGGAGAUGUUCUUAUUGUAGGCUUGUAUGUGGAUGACUUAAUAUUUACAGGCAACAGUCUCAAACUAAUUUCUGAAUUCAGGGAGGCCAUGAUUAGUCAAUUUAAGAUGACAGAUUUGGGAUUAAUGUCUUAUUUUAUUGGUAUUGAGGUUCGUCAAUUGGCUGGUGGAAUUUUCAUUUCCCAAAAGAAACUUGCAAGUGAUAUUUUGAACAAGUUUAAGAUGAAUGUGACUAAACCAAUGAUGACCCCCGUUGAAGAAAAAUUGAAAUUAACCAAAGAUGGUACUGGUGAUUUUGUUGAUGCUACUUAUUUUAAGAGGUUGGUGGGGACUUUCAGGUAUUUAACUUCUACGAAGCCUGACAUCACGUAUGGAAUUGGUUUGAUUAGUAGAUUCAUGGAAUCUCCAUGCCAGUCUCACUUGCAAGCUGCUAAGAGAAUUUUGAGAUACGUUCAAGGUACGCAAUCUAACAGUAUAUUUUAUUCAUCUUCACAAGGUAGCAACCUUGUUGGUUACACAGACAGUGAUUGGGCUGGUGAUACAAUACGAAGGAGGAGCACUUCUCGUUAUGUAUUUUAUUUGGGAUUUGGUGUAUUCUCUUGGUCUUCAAAGAAACAACAAGUGGUUGCUUUGUCCACAGCAGAAGCAAAGUACAUGGCGGCUACGAGUAGUGCUACUCAAGCACUUUGGUUGCGGAGAAUACUUAGAUUCUUACAACACAAGCAAGAUGGUCCUGCCAAAAUAUUUUGUAAUAGCAUGUCUGCUAUUGAGUUCACAAAAAAUCCAGUUUUUCAUGGGCGCAGCAAACAUAUUGACAUCAAGUAUCAUUUUAUUCGUGAGUUGGUUCAAGAGCAAGAAAUUGUCAUUGACUAUUGCAGAAGUGAAGAUCAAGUAGCUAAUAUUUUGACAAAGCCGCUAAAGUUGGAGAUGUUCAUGAAAUUGAAGAAGAUGCUCGGCAUGGUGAAAUUUGAAGAUCUUGAUUUAAGGGAGGCAAUGUAG